AUGUGUAGCAGAAAAAGAGAGGAAGAUUGCCAAUAUCAUGCGUUAAUCUCAAAAGGAGAGGGGAAUAUUGCCAUUACCAUGCCAUCCUCUGCUUGCAACCAGAGGAAGAAGGCCGCAUUUUCCGGUGGUGGUUCGCUCCCGGAUGAGAUAAUCAUGGAGGUGCUACUGCGGCUCCCUGUCAAAUCCAUACUCCGCUUCCGGGCCGUCUGCCGCUCCUGGGCUGUGUUCUUCUCCACUGAGCAGUUCUGCAAUCUCCACAUGGCGACCCCCAAGAUAGCACCGCCGAAGCUACUGUUUGUCUCACCCACAUCAAGACCCGGCUCCACAGAGGUGUUCUCAUGCUCCCCCUCAGGCCCCAAAGAUGACCUGCUGUUCACCCUUGACUCUGCCUGCGGCAACUCGAUGCAGGUUGUCAUGCCAGCGCCGUGCCAUGGCCUCACCCUUCUGUUUGAUGCUGUUGCGCCAGCUUACUACAUCUGCAAUGCUGCCACACGAGCAGUAACACGUCUGCCACCUUUCCGUUACUUGGUCAGGUGUACAUCUACCGGGCUGGGAUUUGAUGCCAGGACAAGAAAGUACAAAGUGGUCAGACUGAUCAAAGGGUCACGCCAUGACAAUGAGUCCGUAAGGUGUGAGGUAUACACACAUGGAAGUGGUUAUGGGGAUUGCUGGAGGCCGCCUACUGGAGGAAUACCCUUUGGAUUGUGCAGGUUUGCAGGUGCUGCUGUUAAUAAUGCGGCAUUCUUCAGUCUACCACCUGUGUUUGCAAAUGGACACCUGCACUGGUUGGUCCAGCCUUCUUUGUUCUCCAAAAAGCCAAGAGCUGCUGUGAUAUCAUUUUCUCUUGCGGAGGAGACCUUCAGUUUUGUUGGGCCACCACCGUUCUGGACAUCAGAAAUGUACUCAUCCACACCAUUGUCAGCAUCAGGUCCAGAGUUUGUCCCCUUCUGCCCCGGGACAUUAGGAGAGCACCUAGUGCAGAUGGAUAACCAACCGUGUAUGGUCCGAGACCUUCGAUAUAAUCGUAAUGGUGGUUGCGUUCUGGAGAUAUGGAAAUUGCCGGAUCGUAGCUCUUGUGCUUGGUCACUGAAUCAUCGCAUUUCUUUGUUAGGGCGUGUGGCAACAGAUUUACGUCAGCCCAAGGUUGUGAGAGUUAUUGGUUCUACAGGCACUAGCAUGUCAACGAAGAAGAUCCUCAUCGCUACUAGCAUGCACAAAAUCUGCGACAAGUUUCAGAAGAAGGUUUACACCUAUGACCUUAAUUCUGAAUCUUUAGAGACCAUUCUUUCAAUCACCGUGGCACAUGCAUCGCUUGAAGGCAUGAAUCCAAGUUCAAGAUUCAGUUUAUUUGAAGAGAGCCUUGCCCUGGUGCAUGAAACAGUUGAAAAGAUAAAAUUGUCAACUACUCCGCCUCCCAACCGAAACUAG